GCAAAGUUAAAAUCCCCGUUAGAAGUUUCUAGGGCGCGAGAAUAAGAAGGAAGGGUGGUGAAGAGAAAGAGGUAAGGCAAAAUUCGAAGUCGAGGCGAGACCAAGAAGUAGCGGAGCAAGAUGAUAAUUCCAGUUCGCUGCUUCACCUGCGGAAAGAUCAUUGGUAACAAAUGGGACACUUAUCUUGAUCUUCUCCAGGCCGAUUAUACCGAAGGAGAUGCUCUUGAUGCUUUGGGAUUGGUUCGGUACUGCUGUAGGAGAAUGCUUAUGACUCAUGUUGACCUCAUUGAGAAGCUUCUGAACUACAACACAUUGGAGAAGUCGGAGACCAGUUGAGGGAACAUGUAGAAUCUAAGGGUUUGUUGCAGUUUGUGUGAGUGCCUGUCAAUGAUUCUCAGUUUUGUAUAAGUGGGGCCGUGGUCUGAAUCCAGAAAAAGGGAAGUAAAGGACUUAAAUAGUACUAGUCUAGUUUGUUUUCUUUAGCUCUAUGAUGGAUCCCUGUAUGUACGAAAUUAGUGGGAUUUGAAAUGCUGAAAGUGAUUGGAAUGCUUUGCUGUUUGCUGGGAUAA